GUGGGAAAUGUGUGAAGAACAUAGAAGCAUGAAAAUGGAAUAGUAUAUAAUAGAAAUUUAUUUAAAAAAUAAUGUAUUACGAGACAUAGGAGUGCGUCGCUUCCUAUAUAAGUGUGGCUGCGUCCUUGCAUUGUCAAUGCAUUAACAGAACAGAGUUUGAAAAUGGCAGCAGCACCGACGAUCACCGACGUUCAGGUGGAAUUCCUCCACUUCCCUGCGGUGGUCACUUCACCGGCCACCGCAAAAACCUAUUUCCUCGGCGGCGCAGGGGAGAGAGGAUUGACGAUUGAGGGGAAAUUCAUAAAGUUCACGGCGAUCGGAGUAUACUUGGAGGAUAAAGCGGUGGCAUCACUCGCCGCUAAGUGGAAGGGUAAGCCUUCAGAAGAGUUGAUCGAGACUCUUGACUUCUACAGAGAUAUCAUUUCAGGACCCUUUGAGAAGCUAAUAAGAGGAUCGAAGAUUCUGCCAUUGAGUGGGCCAGAAUACUCAAAGAAGGUGAUGGAAAACUGCGUGGCACAUUUGAAGACUGUUGGGACAUAUGGUGAUGCUGAAGCCGCAGCCAUUGAACAGUUUGCAGAAGCCUUCAAGCCUGUCAAUUUUCCACCUGGUGCCUCUGUUUUCUACAGGCAAUCACCUGAUGGAAUCUUGGGGCUUAGUUUCUCUGAAGAUGCAUCGAUACCAGGGGAAGAAGCUGCAGUUAUAGAGAACAAGGCUGUAUCAGCUGCAGUAUUGGAGACUAUGAUCGGAGAACACGCUGUCUCCCCUGACUUGAAACGCAGUUUGGCUUCACGAUUGCCUGCGGUAUUGAACGACGGCAUUAUAGUCUGAAAAUUGAGGAUCAUCACAUGAGUUGAGGGAAAUUUGUUAUGAACUUGAGUUUUUCAAAUAUUCUUGUUUUCUCUCUCUUUCCUUCUUCCUACUAAACUCAUCUUCUACUCUUGUAUUUCUACUGCUUUAUCAAAUCAAUAAAAUCUGAGUUUGAGUUUCAAC